AUUGCUGCUUCCCUUAGUCCUCAGCUGAGGGCAGAUUUACAAGCACCUGUCCCUUUGCAGGGAAGCUGAACUACAUUCUCCACCACUCCCUUCGAGAUUGUCACGAUGCAGUUGCUUGAUAACAAGCCAAACAGGAAUUGAUGAGAGCUACAUGGGAGAGAUUUAAAGAUUUCAGCUGCUUCUGCAGUUCAGGCCAAAUCCUGCCCUUUCCUCUACUUCAGUUCUGCUGCCGCUGGGUUCCUCUAACUAUGCGAUUCUGCUGCACGUUGAGAGUGAGAAGGGUCUGGAUAUGAAGCACUCAAGCAUAGGUUUGUGUGGAACGGAUCUGAGCUCUGUGGGUUCUCCCUGCUGUGGAGGGGAAUGUGGGAUGGAACAAGAUGCCUUUGUGAUGAGCACAGUAUAAAUGUCAAUGGAUUGUGAUCCUUGUGGGUCUACUUCCCCUGCCUGUCCCUGAAUACAGGAACUGCAACCUGAGUGGAGCCCUUCUGUGCCCUGACCUUGCAAUAAGCAGCCCCUGAGUAGCUCUGCCUUCCUUCCCCCUUCUACUUCCCCUCAGCCUUCUCAGGCAUUUGACUGAGAGGAAUGGAACUUGCCCCUCUAUGAAGUCACAUACUCCUGACUGACAUCAUAGUACUUUUCAUACCAACCAGAUGUGGUGUGUCUCAGCAGAGGAUUGGGAGUAGAGAUGGGGGGAAAAAACGUCUCCUAUUAACUCUCCAAUAAAGAUGAUGUUUCUCAUGCAAAUGACUCUUGUAAUGAAGAGUUGAGGGAAGAGAAAUACUGAAAACAGGCCCAAUAAAUAGAAUGUUUCUCAAAGUUUUCCACAAGGCAUCAGCUGGAUCUUUGAGACAAAGUCUCUUUUGGGAAAUUAGGCACUUGACUGUGGUAUCACUGUAAAUACCUCGUAGCGAAUGGGCACGUGAGGCAUGUUCCAGGUGAGUGUUGGGAUUGUUGUAUGAUUUCCCCUCUAUCUGGGUGAAGAUGCCAAGUUAAAAACUUUAGCAAGAAACGGGUGCAGAGGUGUAAAAAUGCGGUGCCCAACAACAGUCAAACUACUCGUUUAUUCACUCUGUUCCAAAUGGGAUGCUGAUUUGAAAAUCCAUUUUCCUUCAUUAUGUGUGUGUUUAAGACCCGUACAUCCUAUCCUUCUCCAGCAUGAUCCUGGAAAGUUCCAUUGAGCUUCUAAAAAUAAUCAAGCAAGAUCUGGGUCCAACUCUGUAUUGACUGAACUCAACAUGAGUUUUGCUGUUGCCUUCAGUGGGAGAAGCAUCAGGCCUACUCUGGGCAACUGUAUGCUCUCUUUAACAAAGAAGUCAAAGUCAAAAUAUCUAAUGUCUCACUCUCAAGAUUUGUGACUAAUCGUCCUCCCUUUUCAAGAAGCUUUUAAGAAAUAUUCCAUAUAAACUAAGGUCCAGCGAGAUCAGUGCUAUUUGGGAUCAGUAUGUGCUCAGUGAUUAAUCCUUUACGUUGCCAGUCUUGAAUUGUGAUGCAACUGUUCUCGGACAACUUGGCAACAGCAAACCAGCAGAGCUGCUAUUGACCCAGAGUAGCAUCUGGAAGCAAUGGCAUUAUUAAUACAAUAAGCAAAGUUUUCUGUGAAUUACUGUGCUACUCUGUGAGAGCUGAUGAGCUGGUUAACACCUUUUACUUAUUUUGUGAGGCUCCAGCGCUGGAAAGGAAUGAAUGUACUUGUGAAGCACCGAGAACUAAAAUAGCAGUGAUUCAGUUAUAGUCGAGCCAAAUCUUCUUAAAAUUAAACUCUAUUGUGUUAGAGAUUUUUACUUUUUUGAUACCUAUAUUAUUAACCUCUCUGAUAAGAGAGGGAAAUGUAAUACAGUGAUAUUGGAGAAGCCUCGCACAUUACAUCUAAGCUGUUAUCUCAGGGGCUGAAUAAGAAGAAACUACUUUUCAUCUUGUAUGUUAUGGGAAUCCGAUGAGCAGAAUGUCUAAUUCUUAAGGUUACUAGAUAUUUAUAAACCUAGUUCUCUUUGGGAAUAGUUUAAUUUGCAUAACUUUCAAAUAGGUUGUGUGCAAUAUCUAUUUUUUUCUUUAAAUAACAACAAACUAUGUUGGAUGGCCCUAGCAACCAGGAAUUUCAUGGGUGGUGGAGGAUGUAUCUCACUUGAAAGUCACUUUUAACUAUGGCUCAACCAUUUGUGAUUUGAAAUUCACUAGCAUUUGAUAGCUUAUAUAUAAGUAGCUGUGUGCCCAUCAUAGAGAGGCCCCCUUGUUGGAUCAUAUUAAAGAAGUUCUGUAUUAAAAUCACAAAUGAGUUUGAUUCCCCAUAGUUUAAAUUCCAGGGUAUUACUAAUUAAGAGGUCUCUUGGUUUUUGGUACUGUUUCUCUCCCUCUAUGUGUGAAACUUGCAAGCUGCUAAUUGCGUUAGUACAUUCUAAGACAGAGUCUGUUCUCAAAGCAAUUCACACAGAGAGACACUCAAAGCAAUACUCUGUAACAACAGAAACCGCACCCAGAGACUCCCCGCCCUUUUGUUGUAUUAACAAUUGUGAUUAAAAUAGAGAUAGAGGAUGUAUGUGGAUAAUAAUGGUCAGGGAGGUGCCAGCCUAAGAAUCCAGUGUCCAUUGGCUGAAGAAGGCGUCAAGUGGAAAUAACCAGAGGACCCCCGGAGGGCAGACUGGAAUCCACCCAAUAGCCUCAACAAUGGGAGAACCAAAGAACAAGAUAACUUCUGGCAGCACGGAGCCGUCAGGAAUGUGCCAUCUGUUGAUUGAUUCAGCAACAGCAUGAUGAAGCAAUUCCCAUAGACUGGCAUAGGAAGAAAUUCCUAUAAAAAUGGACUCUAGAAAGUGAGAACUUUGGGGUCUGAUUCUGCAAACCAACUUCCAGGAGCCUCAGAUGUGCAUCUGACAAGGCCCUGCUCCCUCCUCCUGUCCAGGCCACCUGGCCAGUGGCUUGGCAUGAGCAAUUCUAAGGCUGGUUUUAUCUGUUAUUGAGGAGACUUCCCCAUCAACCUCAAGGCCAGCAUUGUGUAGUGAAGGAAAAUGGAGCUUGCAGAUCUCUUGAAAUUUCCCGUCAUGGAAAUCAAUGGAACAACAGUAACAGUGGCUCUGCUGGUGAUCCUCCUAAUGUUACUCUGUUGGUACUCCACCUCUUCGUUUUCCAGGCUGGAGAAGGUGGGUAUCAGGCAUCCUGCACCUUUGCCUUUCAUCGGAAACCUGCUGUUCUUUCGCCAGGGAUUUUGGGAAAACCAUACAAAACUGAUCAAGGAGUAUGGACCUGUUUGUGGAUACUACAUCGGUCGGCGAAUGUACGUGUUGGUGUCCAAGCCAGAGAUGAUAAAACAUAUCUUAGUGAAGGACUUCAGCAACUUCACCAACAGAAUGACACCAGGCUUGGUUACCAAGCCAGUAAUUGACAGCAUUCUCUGUCUGCGGGAUCAGAGGUGGAAAGAAGUUCGGAGCAUACUGACCCCGGCCUUCAGCGCUGCAAAAAUGAAAGAGAUGACUCCACUAAUAAACCAAGCAUGUGAUGUCCUGCUGAGUAACUUGAAGGUGUAUGCAGAUUCUGGCAAGGCUUUUGAUAUCCAAAGGAGUUACGGCUGCUUCACCUUGGAUGUCGUUGCUAGUGUGGCUUUCGGUACCCACGUGGAUUCUCAGAAGAAUCCUGAUGAUACCUUUGUUAAGAACUGCAAAAAGUUCUUUGAAUUUUCAGUGCUUAGGCCCAUCCUAAUUCUAAUAAUUGCAUUUCCAUUCAUAAUGAUCCCACUGUCCCGGAUUUUGCCAAACAAGAGUCGUGAUGAGAUGAAUGGAUUUUUUAUCAAAGCCAUUAAAAGUAUGAUUGCCUUGAGAGAUCACCAAGAUGCAAAUGAGAGGCGCAGAGACUUCCUCCAGUUGAUACUCGAUGCUCGCAGCUCUACUAACUGCAUUGGUGUGGAGCACUUUGACAUAGUCAACCAAGCUGAUGUUUCCAUUCAGGACCAUAAGCCUCCUGCUGACAAGGCCCUGCCUAAAAAGGUUCAGAAGACAUUGUCUGAGGAUGAGAUUGUAGGCCAAGCCUUCAUCUUCCUCAUUGGUGGGUAUGAGACCACCACCAAUGCCCUCUCCUUCGCCACCUACUUAUUAGCCACCAACCCAGAGUGCCAGGAGAAACUGCUGCAGGAGAUAGAUGAGUUCUCUGGAAAACAUGAUGUUCCUGACUACCAAAAUGUCCAAGAGCUCCCUUACCUGGAUAUGGUGAUUGCAGAGACAUUGCGCAUGUACCCACCUGCAUUCAGGUUCACUCGGGAGACAUCAAAGGACUGCGUAGUGAUGGGACAGCAUAUUCCAGCUGGCGCCAUAAUAGAAAUUGCAGUUGGACCUCUACAUUAUAACCCUGAGCUCUGGCCAGAACCUGAGAAAUUCGUCCCUGAGAGGUUCACAGCAGAGGCCAAACUACAGCAGCAUCCCUUCACAUACCUCCCAUUUGGAGCAGGACCUCGCAGCUGCAUUGGCAUGAGGAUGGCUUUGCUGGAGAUAAAGAUGACCCUGCUGCGGAUCUUGCAGAAGUUCAAAUUUGAAACCAGUCCCGAGACCCAGAUUCCUUUGCAGUUGACAUCUGUAUCCUCAUUAGCACCAAAAAACGGAGUCUAUGUUAACAUAGUACCUCGAUAGAGCAAAAACCCCAUUCUGAAAGCCUCCAAGGAGGUGAUCCAUUGUUCAGUGGCUCGCUGAUAGAGUGGGGGUAACAUUUUCAAAAGUACUUAAGUGACUUGGGAGCCUAAAUCUCAUUGAAAGUCAAUUGGACUUUAAAUGGGUGGGCCAAAAUCCUGCUGAUUUUCAAUGAGACUCAGGCUCCUAAGUCACUUUUGAAAAUGGGACUUAAGUACUUGGGAAAGUUUUACCCAAGCCCAUGACUGUGAAUAGUCUCUGAAAAAGCCUCCCACUUUUCAGCCGCCUUAGUGGUCGUAACAGGGCCCACUUCAUUUUACUUAUCUACAUGGGAGUUUGUCCAGGCUCCAAUCUUAGCAGUCUGCACUCCUCACCUUCGGUAAAUUUUUAUAAGAUGCUGAACAAUCACUUGUUAGCUAACACGUUUUAACAACAGACCUUUAAAUCUGAGUCUCAAACUCUGAAAGCCAACAUGUGUGGUGGUAACAGCAAGGACUAGGAAUCAGGACACCUGGAUCCUACUCCAAACCCUGCAGUUGACCGAUCUUGAGCAGAUAGCCUAACCUCAUGGUACCUGUCAAAUGAAGAUAAUGCUUACUCACCUUUUGUAAAGCACUCUGAGACAUUUGGAUGAAAUGUGCUCAUAUUAUCCUCUAACUUUUGUUACAAUGGAUUUUAAAAUAAUGGUAAAUGUCUGUAUAAGCAGGACCAGACCAAAAAAUGUUGUAGACUGCUAUUAAGUUUUGUCUGUUACCGAAUAGUAUUUAGAGAACCUUGGAAUAUACAAGUUUGAAGUGUUCAGGAGAACUCGGGGAAUUUUAGGAUGACCUGAAGAUGGUGGCACAGCAGGAGUUUUCCCAGCAUGGCAUGACGCUUUUCCUUUCUAUGCAUUUCAGUUGGCACUAUACUUGGGCAGAGGAAAUGAAGGAGGCUGCAUGCACUAGUGCUUAAAGUCAAGGAUUGGGAGCCAGGAAAAUCAGUUCCAAUAGCUACACUAACUCAUUAGGCGACCGUGCAGCAAGUCACUUCACCAACUUGUGCCUCACUCAACCCACAUAGGAAAGAAUGUGGGUGAAUGCUAGGCCCAGCGGCUGCCUGCAUGUCUUCACAGUCACAACAGCACUUAUUUGAUUCUUCAGGACCGUUUGCCCACAGCAUCUGCAGUAGCUAAAAGCAAAUUUUUCCAUGUUUGGAAUUUUUCCAUAUUUGCACACAUGGAGCAAACGGUCUCUUCUGCUGCAUCCUGGCCCACCCCAGCAGUGGCUCAAACUACAGUUUUGGGGGCCGCAUGAUACCUAGAUAGAGGCAGAGAGUUUACUCCAUACCCAACCCUAGGUGGAAAAUUAAGAAAAAGGAAGAAAGUUGUCAUAGGCCCAAGUUUUUGUGUGUGUCCCUGUUGCAGGCCCCUGGGUCCUAUGUGGGCUAGUGGAGUGUCACUGAGCAUCCUUCACACUAAGACACUGACCAUUACAGCUGCAGCAUGUUUAGAAUUCCCAGCAGCCUCUACUGCUUCUUAAGCCUCAAGGAACUGUGGCCCAGAUCCUCAGAGAUAUUCCACUGAUUUCAAUGGAAGUCAACGAGCCUAAACACCUUUGAGGAUGUGGGCACUGGUCCCUUCCCAGGCAGACUAGCAGCACCGAGGACAUUACGGAUCACUAGAGGAAGUUCUAUCCACUGAAGAAGGUAGGUCUCAGUUGGAGAGUGGGGUGGUAAGAGGCAGCCUUCCAAGUGUUCGGGGGAGAUGUAUAUUAUUUUCUUUAAACAUAGGGCCCUACUUUGGUUUCCACUGCGGGCUGAGAUCAUGAACAAGAAGAAAGGAGGAGGUUGGUGAAGUUUAUUCAUUUUGCCAAAAAUAGGUUAUUUCCUCCACUGUGAAAUUAAAUUUUCCUUACGUUCCAGCCAGCUGAGCACUCAUGAGUACUUUAAAAAAGCCCAGUGAGCUUUUGAUAAAACUUAACUUCAGACUGCCCUUUAAAAAAGAACAUCGGUUGCUAGUUGGGAGGGAGGGAGGGAGAGCCAGCCUGGUGCUCUGUGGGCCUCAGCCAAACCAGUCACACUUCUUUCCUAAAGCUAUGCUCCAGGAAACACCAGCACUCGUGCAUGGCACACACAAAACCAGCUGCAAUAUAUUUCUCUGCAGCUGUGGUACAAAUCAUAUUGAGUAAAGGCACUCGAUUAGAAGACUGCUGCUGCUCCAUGAUUCCCAUCUACAGUUUCUUGCUUGCAUGUGGCAUGUUGAGAGUGGUGGGAUUGGCGCAUGCUGCUUUCACCUCUUGCUGGUCAUUGUGACCACACUUUUAAAAGUCAUGCUCUCAUCUUCCUUACCAAGGCUUGUGUUUAGUUCUGUGAUGAGAUUUUCUUCUCGCUUGAGUUCCAGCAUAGUAACUGUGGAUUAUAGGCCUGAGAGUUAAUGCUCCAUCCAUACUCCAGCCUUGCCAUGCUGGAGUUUAAAUGACUCAAUGUGCCUAUGAAAUGAGCUGUUGAAUUAAUGGUCUAAUCUAAAAAGGUGCAGCAUGCACCGCUAUACACAAUUUUGCCUCAAUUUUUUCAAUAGUAUAUUAUUUGUGGUUGUGAUUCUAAAUUAUACCUGUAAACUGGAAUAGUAUAGGGUAGUCUCAUUAAAGGUUUUUCCCAUC